CAUUCAGUCGCUGCUUCGUCAGAUUGCAGCCAGCCGAGCCGUCCGCUUCUGUGCAUUGAUAUAACUCUGUCUUUGCAGCCGAAGGCUCGCUCCCAGCACCCCUACUCUUCAACCGGAUGACACACUAAUGCUCUGACAGUGGGACUUCCUACAAAAACACGUUUGCCGCACUGCCUCGCGGGAAAUGUAUUUUUAAGGGCAGACUAAAUACGAAGUAUGCUAGUCCGUUUGUUAGCAGUAUGAGUUUUUGUGUUGUGGCACAGUCGGGAAAGCCUAACAUCUACAAAGAAGUAACGCGCAGUCCAUCCAGCUGUCCAAACCUUCUGUUUGUGAGGGGCAGCCAAUCAGAGGAAGGUUGGCUUAAAAGAGAGUAAAGGAAGAUUAUCAAGAAGGUGUAAGAUAAAUAAGGAUUAUGUUUCAUUUGUCACUCAUGUAAAGCCACAUAAAGCUUAGUAUGGUGUAAGAAUAAAAAUAUGGAUUUGGAAAUGAGCAGAUUUUGUAAGUUAUCAUUAUUAUUAUUAUUAUGCCGUCCUGAAUAAAAUGUAAUUAUUUAGUGACUCUCUAACGACAUCAUUGUCGACUUCUAUUUAUAAGACAGUUAUAUUGGGGGGUUCAGUACGUCUACAGUUAAACUAAUAAUAUCACCCUGACCCGUUUUCAGUCGCAAUUGAGUAUCGUGUAGGUUUUUUUUUUUUUUUUUUUUAGAUUUUAAAAGUAAAUUGGCACUUCCACCAGGAAGUGUAAGUGUAAUCUCACAUAUCAAAACAAUAUUGUUUUAUUAACAGAGCGGAAGAUUUGUUGUUUUUUUUUAAACAAAAUAAAAUCGAGUCUUUGUGUUUAUGUCAUUCUUCCUCUUGCAGGCGAAUUCAGCUUGUCAGCUCCACCCGCGAUCCAAAAACUACGAAUGAGAAACUAACUUCAGCAACAGUUCAAUGCUUCACGUCCGCUGCUGCGCGCGGGUCUGUUAUGUAGUCCGAGGUGUUAUAAUGACUUCUCCUUACUUCAUGGAGAACAGGUCUGUUAUGACUCGGAGUGCGAGUCAAACUGCUGGCCGCACACCUGCAGCCUCUCUCAGGACCAAACUCACCAACAGACGGAGGAACGAGGACCCGGUCUGCGCUGGGCCAGUGAAGGUGGAGGUGGAGGAGAAGAGCGUGUCAGAGCUGAGAGCUUCGUCUACUCCUUUAUCAGUCGGCCGUGAACUCCUCCACGAGGCACCGGUGCAACCAAAAACCGAAGCUUUACCGGAGUAUCCACACAGCCGCAGGAGGAGACAGUUAAAGGUGGAAUACGAGAAGGAUGAACGUGUUUCUCCCAUGAAAACUGAGCACUGGGAACCUGCCGACUGGAGGAAACAGUUAGGAUUCAUUCGUGAGAUGAGGAGCGGCCGUGAUGCGCCUGUAGAUAACAUGGGAGCAGAGAAAUGCUAUGACAUGGAGGCUCCUGCGCAUGUGAGACGUUUCCAGGUGCUGGUGUCACUCAUGCUGUCCAGUCAGACAAAGGACCAGGUGACAGCAGCAGCUAUGCAGAAGCUCAGAGCACAUGGCUGCACUGUAGAAAACAUACUCGCUACAGAUGAUGAAAAACUGGGAAAACUCAUCUAUCCUGUCGGCUUCUGGAGGAAUAAGGUGAAGUAUCUGAAGCUGACGUCAGCCAUGUUGCAAAAGGAGUUUGGAGGGGAUAUCCCAAGCAGUGUUGAGGGGCUGGUCCGUCUGCCGGGAGUUGGACCCAAAAUGGCUCACCUAGCCAUGGACAUCGCCUGGGACCAGGUGUCUGGCAUUGGUGUGGACACACAUGUGCAUCGUAUAUCUAAUAGGCUGGGCUGGCUCAGGAAGGCGACCAAAAACCCGGAGGAAACACGGAAGGCCCUUGAGGAGUGGUUACCCAGGGAGCUGUGGAGUGAGAUCAACUGGCUGCUUGUGGGUUUUGGACAGCAGGUUUGUCUGCCCGUCAACCCUCUCUGCUCUGUGUGUCUGAACCAGCACAGCUGUCCAUCUGCCCACAAGAACUCUCCAGCAAAGAGACCUAAAUCGGGAUCACCACGGUCUCCAAAUCCAACCUCCUCUUCAAAAAUAAAAACUGAACCUAAACAGGAAGCAGCUCUUAAAGAUGAGAUGAUAAAUAAGGAGUUACUACCCACAUCUGUUUCCCACACCACAAAGAGAAGGCUAAAAACCAAGGUUAAUGUUUAAAUUUUACCGAUGUUUGUGAUUUCAGCAGACAGUGAGCACAAGAAGACAUAUUAUGUGUUUACUUAUACAGAUAGAUUUAAAAACAUGUAUAUAAGAAUGUAUUUGACACUAUAACCGCACCUUUAAAGGGUAAAUAUUUUUAAUACUUUUCUUUUUUUUUACCAAAUAAAAAACAUGUUAC